AUGGCCAUCGGAGCUUCUUUUUCGGCUGUGGCGGCGGGGUUUGCCCCGUUCUUUGUUGCUUCUAUUAGAAAUGCUUCUAUCGGUGUGACAACAUUCGAAGUCAGCUCAUUGAAGAAGUUGAAAACAUCUCCAUAUUUGACGUUCUACUGUCGGCUUCAUAUCUACGCGGUUAAAAUGCCUUUAAUAUCAUUGAGGUAUGAAAGCGAAUUCAUUGAAAGCAUUGUUGAAGAAAUGGGGUCAAAGUUACUUGAUAAAUCAGCAUUUGGUCAUGGCAAGUUAAUUGGAAUUGGACCAAAAUUAGACAAACUGAAGUCAAUCGUUGCAAGUGAAUCAGAAGGAGUUGGGUUUAUAGGAAUAUGGGGCACAGGAGGUGUAGGCAAAACAACUCUUGCUAGAGCCUUUUAUGAGCAGGAGCGAGAGCGCAAAAACUUUGAGAUUCACUGCUUCCUUGAUAAUAUUAGAGAGGCAUGGGAAAAAGAAGGUUUGAUUUCAUUGCCAAGAAAACUUCUUUCUUCUCUAGAUAAAAAGAGUAUGGAAGUGGCUGACUUUUAUGAAGGAAUGGAGUUAAUAAAAAGCAAGUUGACUGACAGAAAAAUUCUACUUGUCCUUGACGAUGUGAGUGAUAUUAGGCAACUUGAAAAUUUGGCUCCAAAGAAAGGAUGGUUCAGAGAAGGGAGCAUAAUAAUAAUAACAACUAGGGAUAAGCAUUUGUUAUCAUCACACAGUGUAUCUGCUGUGUAUGAAUUCAAAUUAUUGAGUUAUAACGAGUCCCUUGAACUUUUCCUUGAAAAAGCUUUUAAAGAAGAGCAUCCUAAUGAAGAUUAUUUGAAACUUGCUAGAACCGUCAUUGAGUAUGCUAGAGGCCUUCCUUUAGUGCUCAUAGUGUUAGGUUCAUCUCUUUGCAAAAGACCUAUAGUGGAAUGGAAGGAUGAACUAGCUAAGCUCAAGAAAAUUCCUCCAAAGGACAUUUUGAAGAUACUUCAGGUGAGUUUUGAUGGACUGGAUGAUCAGCAGAAAACCAUAUUCCUGGAUGUUGCUUGCUUUUUCAAUGGGAUGGACAAAGAUCAUGUCAUACAAAUUUUAGAAACUUUGGAUAAGGAUUUUCGCCCAGAAACUGAGAUAAAUGUUCUCAUUAAGAAAUCACUAAUGAUUAGUUAUGAAGGGCAUUUGUGGUCUCUCCCAAGCCUAAAGUCCCUCGAUCUAUCUCAUUCAAAAUGCCUCGUCAAAGUCCCAAAUUUUGAUGGAAUUCCUCAUCUUGAAAAGUUGAUUCUUGAAGGGUGUUCUAACUUGGUUGAAAUUCCCCACUCUCUUGGGCAACACAAGAAACUUGUCAUUGUUGACUUGAAAGAUUGCAAAGAAGUUAAAACGCUUCCAGAAAAAUUUGAGAUGAAUAGCUUGGAGACUUUUAUUCUAUCGGGUUGUUCAAAAGUUAGAAAACUUCCUGAGUUUGGAAAAGAUAUGGCAUGUCUAUCGAAGCUUGAUUUAGAGAAGACUGCUCUAGCCAAACUACCUCAAUCGUUGGGUAAUUUGAUUGGUCUCGUUGAAUUAAAUUUGACAAACUGCAAAAAGCUGGUUUGUCUUCCAUGUAGUGUUAGCAAGUUGAAAGCUCUGAAAGUUAUCAAAAUUUCUAAAUGCUCAAAGCUUUCAUGGCUGCCAGAGAAUUUGAAUGAAAAUGAAGCUUUGGAAGAGCUGGAUUUGAGUGGGAUUGCUAUACAAGGGUUAUCAUUUAGUGACUACAAUAGCGAAACACAAUCUUCAUCAUCAUGGAGUUGCUUAUCCCUUCUUCAAAGGCCUUCAAGCUCAAAAAUUUUUGUUGCCGCCGUCUUUGUCAUCUUGAAACAUUUACUUAUUUUUGCAAUCUCCAUGAUGGAUCACUUCCUGAUGACAUCAGCAUGUUAUCAUCAUUGGAAAUUUUAG